UAAAUUAAUAUUUUAUUGUUUUACCAUUUAGGUAAAUUUAGGUUUUUGACUUCAGGUAUUCUAAUGCUGUGGGUAGUGGAUAAACCGGUUUCUGUGUGUUGCAUUGUAUAAUUCUUGUGUUGCUUAAUUUUCCUGUGGUUGUAUUUUUUUAUAAAAAUUUCCUAAUAAAAAUAUUUAAGAGAAAAACAACACAUCUGAAGAACAAAAACUUCAGCAUCUCUGGUAUGAUAGGAAUGAAGUCCUCUCAACACUUUGUCCAUGAGGCUGUUUGCAGCUCUGGGAUCGGCUGAACCUGUGCAACGCAGCGAUGCUCAUUGGAGGAAGAAAACCAGAAAACUGACCAGAGUUCAGUGUUCGAAGAGUCUGUCUGAGUUCGCUAAUGCGGACCAUGCAGAACUGGCCCAGCCUAUAAAUAAAUCUGACAAAUGUUUGAGGAAGAGAACACUCAACCUGGAGAAAACAUGGGGAAGCGCGGUGAAGUGAAGGCAAACUUAAGUGACUUUUUUCUGAAAGACUUGCCUGUGUUGUUGCUGUUGACUCUGGUGAGCCCAGCCACCCUGCUAUCCGCAGCAGAUCCGUGUGGGCCAGAAGUUGCAGCUCUCAAGGCCAACAUAAAGAAACUGGAGAAUGAUCUCUUCAUCGCAACUUGGCAAGUUGAGCACUUGCAGAAGCAUAAAUACUUCCGGCGUUUUCAGCCGGCUGUGUCUGACACCAAUGCAGCCCCUGGAGGGAGCCACACAAACAGUGGGGCGUCAGACAACUUGAAUGUGACAACAAUUAAACCCCUUCCACCAGCAGGCAGUCUAAUUGUCCAUGACAAAGACUGUUCAGAACUGUACGACAGACUGAGACCGCCGAGCGGCUUCUACCGCAUCAAACCCAAAUCACACCAAGAACCCUUUUUAGUCUACUGUGACAUGCAGGACGGAGGAGGCUGGACCGUGUUUCAAAGGCGUCGGCACGGAAGAGUCGACUUCAACAGAGACUGGGUGGACUACAGAGACGGCUUCGGCGACUACAAACUGUGGAAUGACGAGUUCUGGUUGGGGAAUGAGCACAUUUAUUCUCUGCUCUCAGAAGGAAAGCCCCUGGUGAAGAUAGAUCUAAUGGACUGGCAAGGACAGAAAAGCUACGCAUUCUAUGAGAACUUCAGGAUCAGUGACGAGGCAGAUAAGUAUCGUCUUCAGUACAAGCAGUACAGCGGGAAGGCUGGGGACGCUCUGACCGGUGGUGGGGGCAUCGUGGAGCAGUGGUCUGCUUGUCAGAGUGGCAUGCAGUUCAGCACCAGGGACCAGGAUAAUGACCGCUACCUGCAAGGAAGCUGUGCCCAGGAGAACAACGGAGGCUGGUGGUACAACAGGUACGACUUCUCGAACGAAGACGAGCGCAAGUUACGAUCACUCUGCUUCAAACCCUCCAUCGUGUCCGAAUUCUUUCUACAGAUGCCACGCAGCCAACCUGAAUGGAAAAUUCUACCGCAACGGGAAGUACGGGGGCGACUACGACAAUGGCGUGGUGUGGGGGACCUGGAAAGGCCUUUGGUAUUCCCUCAGGCACACCACCAUGAAGGUGCGGCCCCUGGUCUUCUUGGAUACCGUGGGCAGUGGAGCGGGGGAGUUUUAAAGGCUUGACUUCGUGUGAGGUUAUGAAAUAGGCCUGUCACAGCCUGCCUGUCACCUUUUAAUUCUUUGUGUUAGAAUCUCUGCUUUUGCUUCAUUUUCUAAAUUUAUUAUCAAAUGUCAAUAACACGCUAGUCACUAGUCAUUUCUAUGUGUACACUGUGAGUGACUCAUUAAAACAAACAGCAUCUCA